AUGAAAUUUGAAGAAUGCAUACAUCUGUUAAGAGAAAAGUUUCCACAUGUGGAUCCCAAACAAAUUGAAGACAAAACAAAGUUGUAUUUGAUCAACAAGGCACAAGCGUGCCACUCGCACGUGGAACAAAAUUGCCACAUAGAUGACCAAGCGGUGGAGGAACUGAUUAACAUUUUUUAUGCAGAAUAUGGGGAGAAAAAAAGGGAGCAAAAUGCACAUAAUUCAGAGUCGUGGGUGGGCGUGGACGUCAAAAAGGACCAACCGAUCGGUGUAUCAAAGGAAACACCGAACCCCAGUAACGCAAGGCUAGCGAAAAAGGGCAAAAAUGCUGGACAAGUUUCCACACACACAAACAAGGCCGACCUAGUUAUUCAAGACAUUCAUAAGGUUACCAACAGAGGGAAGGACAAGUUUUUGAGGGAAACCCCUGAAGGCAGUAGCAAUGAGCUGAAGAAAGGCGGAACAGGAGGAAAGACUGGGGCGAAAAAGAGCAUGGGGGUUGAUACCACACGGGGAGCAGGAAAUACCACAGGUGGUCAGCAAGGUGAGAGGGCAAACAAUAAUAAACACGGGGCAUCAAAUGAGGGCGGAAAUGGGGAAGAAUGUUAUAACGCCAAGGGAGUCUCAAAUAGCCGGAUGAAGGAAGCGGAAAAGAGGGAAGAUGACUUAGUUAACGAAGCACAGAAUGAGAAAAUCGCUGAAAUGUGUGCGGCCGAAAAUAGUGCUGGCUCGGGAGACAUCUUAAUAGGCGCGUCCCAAGGAAUAGGCAAAGACAUUGUGGAAAACGUUAACGCAUUGGAAACGUCCAACUCGGCCGAUGCACCCAGCGCCACCAUGUUCGAAGUGCUCUUCCGAAAAUCCCUCCUAGAAAACGACAAUAUAAAACGGAACAUAUCAUCAAAAAACUUUUACAUAAUAGGAGAAGACAUGCUAGUCAACAUUACUAUCAUCCUGGACCGAAUAAUAUCCGAGCUGAUUAAUCAUUAUAAAAUAAAAAAAAUGAACCCUAGCGAACAGGAACAGCAUUUCGAAAAUUUUUUCAAAGUUUUAUACAAAUUAUUGAGCAAUAUAAGUUACAAUUCGAAAGAGGAAAAAUAUAAAGUCAUUAAAUUCAGUAACAGUCAAAUUAAAACGUGUUUUUUAACAAAUUGUGAAAUUUUUAAUUUAACAAAACUGUUAUUUGAGAUAUUAAAUUUUAAUACGAAUAGUUACGGGGUGGGUAUUUCCCUUCCGCAUGAUGAUCCCAAUGCAAGGCCCGAACAAAUGGGAGAAGACAUCGCAUCGUCGCCUUACUAUGUAGACAUGAUCUGGAAGUUUGAAGACCCCUUUAGCGACAAACAGUCCAUACUGUUUGAAUUUGUGCUGACCUCCGUUAAUAUAAUUAUGAUUAUGAUAAAUAAAAAAGUUCCAAACAUCCGAAUGAGUAAGGAAAAAAUAUUUCCACCGGAUGGAAAAACAGAAAAGAGAAUAUCACAAGAAAGUGAAAUUUCGAAAAAGUACUUUGAAGAUCCGAAGAAGUACCUGGAAAAAUUAUCAAAUAAUAUUUCCCCCAUAAAUAACAAACUGCUAAUUAUUCAUGAGAAAAAAAAACAAGAACAGCAGGCCUUGAGUGACAUUCGUAAAUUGCACAAUGAGAAAUAUGCCAUACAUAAAAAUUAUGGAAACGGCAGUGUUUCAUGUGGAAGAAAUUCACAUGGCGGCGCAUCCAGCUUGAACAAUGCAUCCCCUGCGGGAAGGAUGUGGAGUUUGAAUGGAAAAAAAAAAAAUCCUUCCGUGGAUAAUCGUUAUUGUACUGACAAUGAAUUGGCAAGUAAAAAUAGCUUACAGAAGGGCACAAAAAAAAUAAAGCAUUUCUUCAAAAAUUUAUUUAAAAAAGGGUAA